GAACAACACAGGUUGGUCAGUUGCUCUUUUACUGGCUUGAGGAGCACCUGCUUACGCUCGUUCCUUCCCUUGUUUAUGAUCAUAAAUGGCUACUCAUCUCUUCAGCAUUCUUCUGAUUCUCUUAUCUCUCACAGGUAUAGACAACAUAAUAACAGUGACAGAGGUAUCUGUAAAGGCAGGAAGCUCCAUCUCUAUUCCAUGUCUCUAUGAUCAGCGCUACAGAAACCACAAGAAAUACUUGUGUAAAGGAUAUUAUUGGAACACUUGCUCUUAUGAAAUAAAAACAAAUCAACGAAAUUCGAAAAUGUAUUCUAUCUCUGACAACAUGACUCAAUUGUUGUUCAGUGUAACCAUUCAAGUUAUAGCACAGGACACUGGUGACUACUGGUGUGCUGUUGAGAUCGAUGGAGCGAAAGAUGUUGGAGCGUACUUCCACCUGUCAGUCUCAAAAGAUUUGCCCAAACUCUAUGUCAACAACCAGACAGUAAAGGGCUCUGGAGAUGUUAAAGUUACAUGUAACCACAGCGACAGAAUCGGGGCAGGAAUGAGAUGGUGCAGACUAGGUGGCCCCUGUGUGACAAAGUCUGGAUCAAUCGGUGGAGCUGCAGUGACCGUCAAUCCGGUGAAAAAUGCUUUUGUUGUGAUUAUGAAGAAUUUGACGAAGAAAAACAGUGGCUGGUAUUGGUGUGAGAGAGGAGGCUUACAGAUGCCAGUGAAUUUAUUUGUUCAUGAAAAGAGCACAACUAUUCCCACCAAUGACAUAUUGACAUCUGAUGAAAGGCAACAGAGUCGUCUCACCCACUGGGAGGUUCUCAUUAUUAUUCUGAGCGUGUUGGUGUUUGCUGUGCUAAUGUCCUUGUUGCUUUGGAGGACAUUUUUAAAAAGACAAAAACCCGGAAAAGAAAAAUCAGACAAGACAGUGAGGUCAAACUCUCAGAAUGAAGGUGACUUGGUGUACAGUACUGUAGUUCCAAAGCAGAAGGGCAGUGUGCAAAAGAAUCAGGAAUCUGAUGAUAGUGCUACUUGCACUACAGCUGUCAUCAAGCAAAAGGCCCAGCAGAAGGUCUGCAAAGAAAGUGAGAGUGUGAUCUACAGCUCAGUGGGGCACCUACAAAUAGAUUCAUAAAAUAUUCACAAUAAUCCUCAUAACCGUUUCAAUGUAUGUAAUUUGUAUUUAUGUUCACGUUGCAUCCUUCUUCAAAGUAAUGGUCAAGUGCCAUCAUACGAUAACAUGCUAUGUAUAUAUUUCUUCUUCUUUUCUUUUUUUUUUGGAAGUUGUUCGCAGUUUAGCAUGAUCUAGCUACAGUGCCUAAAAUGAUCUACUCUGGAAUUAUCUGCCCUAUGUUUGCAAAUUAUUUUCGCAUGAAUUUUGAGAAGGAUUUUCUGUAUUCUUAAAGUACUGCUGAACCUCACCUCUGGGCAACAAAUUUGUUGUGUUCCAGAGUCUAUUACAUAUGCUGUAAAUUAUUACAAUGCAAAAUAAAUAUCAUAGCCUAUAGGAUUCUUUUUUGUGAUUUUUUUUUACAUAAGGUAAUGUCUGUUUAGAAUGUAAAUCAUAUUAAUUAUUAGAAAAAAAAGUAUUGGUUUUAGAUUGACAU